AUGCUGUCCAAACUGUUGUUGCUGUUGUAUAUAUUUCCAUUUGCUCUACGUGCACCGGCCUUGCCUCCGUCUGCUCCAGGUGGCGACCUCCAGGCCGCAACCGUUGAUUAUCAACGCGUUAUCCAAACUCCGGCUCACCAGGCCAGGCGCACGCGUUAUGCGCAGGGCGUGACCAUCGUCUUCCAGCCGAGAUGGAUUUUCGACAUCCUCUUCAGCACUAGUGCAAAGCGCGUUGGCGCGCUUGCAAAAGUCCGUGCUCUUCUCGCCAAGUACGAUUCGAUCCCUGUCAGUCCUGAACUGAAAAACUACGGCGAACACGGAUCGCGGGAGUCCAAGCAGUACUUCUUACUAGACGAAAAUUUGCCAGCACCAUGUCCAUAUGACAGGCUGAGCGAUUCCAAGGCCAUUUUAAAAUCCUUGUUUAUUGUCCUGUGGGGCAGGGCCCUAUGGUAG